GUCGGUUGUGUAUUACGUAAACUACGAAAUUGGCAAUCGUUGGCCAGUCUUAUCCAUGGCCUGCAAUCGCCUCAGAUUUAUAGCCUAAGCAACGCCUGGUUUGUCACCCGAGCUAAAUAUCCCAUACAUUUUAAUGAUUACCUAAAACUAUCGCGAGUGGUCCGUAACGACAGCGUUGCGAUCCUACGCUCGCACCAGCCGUCCAUACCAUCGCUAUCAUCAUUCGUAUCGCUACUACGGGUGCGAUGUGUGGCCACGUGGGACCGGCUCGACAGUAACCCCCGGUGGACCGAAUCGCCAUCACUGGUCCAAUGGCUAGAGGGACAGAUGCUGACAACCCUCGCUCUACAGGAAAGUAUGGGCAACAGUGCCGUCCGGGCAACUGAGGCCCUGCGCCAAAAGGCACGCAAACAAAAACAGAUUUACGCCAUUGUGGAGAAGUUUAUAGAGGACUCGACCCCCGGAGCCGUCGCCGGUCGGCCCGCAGAGUCACAUAUGGACAGGUGUUUGAAGGAGUUGUCGCCCGAGAAGCGCUCGUUUAUGCCCCUAAAUGAUCCGAUUUAUUUUAUUGAGCAUGAUCAUUUGCCCGUCGCCUGGACCCAGCGCUCGGCCCGACAUAUACCGGCAGAGUAUCAAAGUAAAAUUAUCAGGUGCUUUGCAAACUCGUAUAAUAUUGAGAUAUCGUUGUUGAAAGCAUAUAAGAUGACGUCCUAA